GACUAUUCUGUCCAGGACUUUUCGACGGAUGGGUCUGCUGGCCGGAUACAGCUGCUGGUGAAGCUGCGAGUGCACCGUGUCCAGAAUUCAUAAUCGGCUUCGAUCCUAGCAGAAAAGCAUACAAGAUAUGUGAAGAGACAGGAGAGUGGUUUUUCCACGAGGAGUAUAACAAGACAUGGUCGAAUUACACCACUUGUAUCAACAAGGAGGAUUUAUGGUUCCGUCAGAUGAUAGUCACCCUCUACAUAGUUGGAUACAGCAUCUCCCUCGUCGCCCUGCUCAGCUCCCUCGGCAUACUCACAUACUUCAAGUCGCUGCGAUGCGCAAGGAUCACGAUCCACAUGAACCUGUUCGGAUCGUUCACGAUCAACAACUUCCUUUGGAUCCUGUGGUACAAUCUGGUGGUGAAGCACAUAGAUGUCAUCAAAAAUAAUGAGGUCUGGUGUCGUGGUCUUCACGCAGUCCUGAUGCUCUUCCUCAUAUCCAACUACUCGUGGAUGUUGGGAGAGGGAUUAUAUUUGCACACCGUUCUAGUAUCAGCGUUCAUCUCCGAGACCAAACUCCUGCGAUGCAUGCUCCUACUAGGAUGGGGACUGCCCAUAAUAUUUGUCGUUCCCUACGCUUACCUUCGAUACACGUUCGAGGACCAAAACGACGUUGGCUGUUGGAUGGACGAUGGAAAGUUCUUCAUUCUACUACAGAUCCCAGUGGCCGUCAGCAUCUUCCUCAACUUAGUCUUCCUGGCAAAUAUACUGCGAGUGUUGUACGUUAAAUUGAGGCAGCAACCCCAGGGAGGAUCCGGAGCUUCCAGGGCUUCACUUCAGGCUUUGAGAGCAACGCUUCUGCUGGUUCCGUUACUCGGCCUCAACUUCCUGUUGACACCCUUCAGACCCGACAAGGACGGUUUCUGGGAGUACCUCUACGAAGUCGUCCAAGCCGUAACUGCUUCAUUACAGGGAUUAUGUGUGGCCAUACUGUUCUGCUUCUUUAACGGAGAGGUGUUGGCACAGAUGAAGAGGAAAUGGCGAGCGGCGACGUUCAGACCGAGGGCGAACUCUUGUACGGUAACAACCGUAUCGGUACGUAAGUUUGUCCGAUCGUCGUACCCAAACGGCGAGGAGAAGAUAUGACUAGGAGCCAUAGGUCGCAGGGCUUCGCAGUGGAUACAGUCUAGGAGGUCAUCCACGAUGUUGGUGAGGACGACCAGCAAUGCGGCGGCUUCGGCUCAACAGACAACGGCUCAGUGCGUAUAGAUCGAAAACCCUUUGUAAAUAUUACCCGGAAUUCCGAAGGGUUGAUGGAAUUAGAUUGGGAGAGGUGUUUGGGGGAUGAAGUAAAAAUAUAUAUAUAAACACGAAGAAGGGAUGAGAAGGAAAUCGUCUUGAGAGCUUUGGGGACUAAACAUGUUAUUUAAAUUUACAUCUCUCUGGCACAUCAUCAAUCCUUUUUUCGCUUAUUCCAUUUCCUCCCUUUACCGAUCUGCAGGCCCAAUUUAUUCCUUCGCAUCCAAUGUUCACGCCUCGCCCUUUGUCAUUUAAUCAUGUUUUUGCCUCCUGUCAUCUGCAUCCAUAAGAAUUUAUUAAGCAGCCCCACAAUUCUUUCAUUACUGACCUUCUCUUAGAUGCUUGAGCUUAACUACUAUACAAAAUUUGUAAAUAAUCUAGCAAAUAAUUAGGCAAUAGUAAUUACAAAGCAAACUAUUUUAUAUCACAUCUAAUAUAUUAUUAAAAUCGUAACCAUGGAGAAUCAUAUUUUUAGAAGCUAUAUACUUAAACUCUCAUC